AUGGAUUCGGUAGAACUUUGCCUUCCUGAAUCUUUUUCCCUGCACUACGAGGAAGAGCUUCUCUGCAGAAUGUCAAACAAAGAUCGGCACAUUGAUUCCAGCUGUUCGUCCUUCAUCAAGACGGAACCCUCCAGCCCAGCCUCCCUGACGGACAGCGUCAACCACCACAGCCCUGGUGGCUCCUCAGACGCCAGUGGGAGCUACAGUUCAACCAUGAAUGGCCAUCAGAACGGACUCGACUCGCCACCUCUCUACCCUUCUGCUCCUAUCCUGGGAGGUAGCGGACCUGUCAGGAAACUGUACGAUGACUGCUCCAGCACCAUUGUUGAAGACCCCCAGACCAAGUGCGAAUACAUGCUCAACUCGAUGCCCAAGAGACUGUGUUUAGUUUGUGGUGACAUCGCUUCUGGGUACCACUAUGGGGUGGCGUCGUGUGAAGCCUGCAAGGCAUUCUUCAAGAGGACAAUUCAAGGAAACAUAGAAUAUAGCUGCCCUGCCACGAAUGAGUGUGAAAUCACAAAGCGCAGACGUAAAUCCUGCCAGGCUUGCCGCUUCAUGAAGUGUUUAAAAGUGGGCAUGCUCAAAGAAGGGGUGCGUCUUGACAGAGUACGUGGAGGUCGGCAGAAGUACAAGCGCAGAAUAGAUGCGGAGAACAGCCCCUACCUGAACCCUCAGCUGGUUCAGCCAGCCAAAAAGCCAUAUAACAAGAUUGUCUCACAUUUGUUGGUGGCUGAACCGGAGAAGAUCUAUGCCAUGCCUGACCCGACCGUCCCCGACAGUGACAUCAAAGCCCUCACUACACUGUGUGACUUGGCCGACCGAGAGUUGGUGGUUAUCAUAGGAUGGGCGAAGCAUAUUCCAGGUUUCUCCACCCUGUCCCUGGCGGACCAGAUGAGCCUUCUGCAGAGUGCGUGGAUGGAAAUUUUGAUCCUUGGUGUCGUAUACCGAUCUCUAUCGUUUGAAGAUGAACUUGUCUAUGCAGAUGAUUAUAUAAUGGACGAAGACCAGUCCAAAUUAGCAGGCCUUCUUGACCUCAAUAAUGCUAUUCUGCAGCUGGUAAAGAAAUACAAGAGCAUGAAGCUGGAGAAAGAAGAAUUUGUCACCCUCAAAGCUAUAGCUCUUGCUAAUUCAGACUCCAUGCACAUAGAAGACGUAGAAGCCGUGCAGAAGCUUCAGGAUGUCUUGCACGAGGCCCUGCAGGAUUACGAGGCUGGCCAGCACAUGGAAGACCCACGCCGAGCUGGCAAGAUGCUGAUGACGCUGCCACUGCUCAGGCAGACCUCCACCAAGGCCGUGCAGCACUUCUACAACAUCAAACUCGAAGGCAAAGUCCCCAUGCACAAACUUUUUUUGGAAAUGCUGGAGGCCAAGGUCUGA